ACAAAAAAUAUAUAUAUCAAACACCACUAGCAAUGGAUCUUUCCUAGCACCAACCACCACCCCCAUCACCUUCUUCCUCCUCAAAAACCUAAAUUAUUCCACCCACACACCAUUUUCACCACCACCACCACCACUUGAGGAGAUGGGACUAACCCUAACAACCACCACCGUGUUCUUCCUCAGCUUCUUUUUCUCCGCCGCCGCAAAGUUCCAUACCUUCUACCGUCCCUACCACACCUUCAACAAAUCCUUGGAGGAUAAAGCCAACUCCGAGCUAGCCUUCCAAAAUGACGCCAGGGUGAGCCAAGACGCCCUACAAGUCACCCCAGACACCGGCAACAACAUGGCCGUAUACGACCUCCACAACCAAUCCGGCCGGAUCAUGUUCAAACGACGUUUCAAACUUUGGGAUGGCGAUUCCACCUCCAACUCCACCGUAGCCUCUUUCAACACCUCCUUUCUCGUCAACAUGUUCCCCGUCAACGGCACUCCCGGUGAAGGCUUAGCCUUCUUAAUCGCCCCGACCAUCGACAUCCCCGAAAACAGCUACGGCCAGUACCUCGGCCUCACGAACCAAACUCUAGACAGUCAAACAACAAACGGCGUCGUAGCUAUCGAACUCGACACCGUAAAACAAGCCUUUGAUAUUGAUAACAACCACAUAGGUCUCAACAUCAACUCCAUCAGAUCUGUCGUUUCCAAAUCGCUAACACCCUUAAACAUCACUCUCGCCCCUCCAACGGCGUCGUUUCAUAACAUUUGGAUACAGUACAACGGAACUGAAAAGGUGAUACGUGUUUAUAUAGCAGACCAGCCGGAAAAAACCUCACCCACACCUCCCAUGCCGAAAACACCCAUCAUAGAACAUGAGUUAGAUCUUAGAAAAACCGUUAAUAAAGACUCCUACAUCGGGUUUGCUGCAUCAACAGGGGAUUCAGUCGAGUUAAACUGCGUGUUACAAUGGAACAUAACAGUUGAAUACAUCCCGGGGCCGAAAAGCCCGUUACCGACGAUCUUGAUCGCCGUUGGGGUUCCGUUGGUGUUGGGGCUGGUGGGGUUAGCGGGUUAUUUGGGUUACCGGUUGUAUAAGAAGCGGUUGGUGGACCGGUCGCAGUCGAAUAUAUUGAGCCGGUUGAGGACGCUGCCUGGAAUGCCGAAGGAGUUUAGGUUUCGGGAGCUGAAGAAGGCGACGAAUAAUUUUGAUGAGAAGAGGAAGCUUGGACAGGGUGGAUACGGUGUCGUUUACCGGGGGGUUUUGCCGGAGGAAAAUGUUGAGGUGGCUGUCAAGUGGUUUUCGCGGGAGAGUUUGAAAGGGGAAGAUGAUUUUUUGGCCGAGCUUACGAUUAUUAAUCGGUUACGGCAUAAACAUCUUGUUCGAUUACUCGGAUGGUGUCACAAGAACGGAAAGCUCCUGUUGGUGUACGAGUAUAUGCGAAAAGGUAGUCUCGACAUGCACCUAUUCACCGUAACCGGCGAACCGCUGAGCUGGGCCCUUCGUCGCAAGAUUCUAGCCGGUGUCGGCUCCGCCUUACACUACCUCCACUACGAGUACGACCAAAAAGUCGUUCACCGUGACAUCAAGGCAAGCAACAUAAUGCUUGAUUCCGAUUUCAACGCCCGGCUCGGUGACUUUGGUCUCGCACGUGCCAUCGACAACGAGAAAACAAGUUAUGCAGAGGCCGAAGGCGUGCUUGGAACCGUUGGUUACAUAGCCCCAGAAUGCUUCCACACCGGAAAAGCGACUCAACAUUCCGAUAUUUAUGCGUUUGGCGCGUUACUAAUCGAGGUCGUUUCUGGUCAACGCCCCGGGACAAAAGUCAACGGUUUCCAGUUUAUGGUUGACUACGUAUGGUCGUUGUAUCGGGAAGGUCGUAUAUUAGAAGCGGUCGAUAAACGCCUUGCGGAUGAUUAUGACACAGAGGAAGCCACGCGGUUCUUGAUGUUAGGGCUAGCUUGCUCGCACCCGAUAGCCAACGAGAGGCCGAAAACACACACCAUUGUGCAAAUGCUAGCGGGGUCCGUGGCCGUACCACAGGUCCCACCUUUCAAACCGGCUUUUGUGUGGCCCGCAAUGAUGCCGAUUGAUGAUCUUUCCCAAGCUACCUCAAUCGACACAACCCCACUUUCGAUUAGUCAAUACGAGACCGAUUGGAGUCCAUUGAGUCGGGAAAAUUACUCGGGCUACACGGAUCGAUCUAUGGUUUAGUUUCUUUUGGCUCGACUAUAACCUUUGGGAGGGUGCAUUCUUUAUGGUUCGUUUUUGUUGUCAUUUUACAAUUUUUUUUUUUUUGUCUCGUGAUGAUGCAGGAGAAAAUUUUCUGCUUGUUAUAAUAUUUGAAUCAUGUGUUUCAUAGUUUAUAACACUAAAUUUGUUUGUUUGUAGACUGGGGACAAGUGAUACUUUGUGUAUAAAUUUUAUGGCCUAAAAGCUUUUCUUUUUUACAA